AUGGGCAAGGGAAAGAAGAUGGCUGGAAAUGCCAAUAUGGAGCCUCUGGGUUCUCGCACCAAAAUUCCAACUUACAAUUCAAAUCCACUCAAGCAAGAAGAAAACGAUGAGGACCUUCCUAACUUUCGUGCCGAAGCCUCGUCCUACAUGUUUGGCUCAAUCAAGCAAGAGGAAGACAAUGAGGAUAGUUUCCGUGGUCGGUUCCGUUCUCGCUCCCCAUUGGAAACCCACCAGUCCCCCCGUCGCACCCGCUCUCAGUGCCGCUCCAGAAGCCCUGACGACCACCACCGUUCCAUUUCUAAAACACGUCGAUAUUCCAACCACUAUCGACCGCGUUACAGAAGCCCCAAAAGCUCCCGUAUCAGUCAAAACCCGCACAAGUCUCGUCAGUCCCAGCGCUCUAUUUCCUCUAUUUCGGCCCAAAAGGUAUCAAGCUCCAGUUCCUAUAGAUUUCGAUCUCCAGAUCAUAGAGACCAAGACACUCCAAGCGGCUUCUACUAUGGACAAAAUCCUCGUAGAAGUUCUCCUACUGAUAAAGGCGCUUCAAGAGGUUCCUAUUACACACCGUCUUCUCGCAGAGAUUCUCCUAAGGACCGGGGCGUUCAAAAUAGUUCCUACUAUAGACCAUCGUAUUCCGUUCGAAAUACGAGUAUGUUUCCUGAGUCCAAAAGCCGAGCUCUUUCUCUUGCAUCAACUUAUAGUCUUAGAGAAUCUUUAGAUGACGAAGAGACACUGACUACAGAGUCGUGGACGAAACUUGCCAGUCGCAAGCACGGAGAAUUCAUGUUUCCUGCCUACAACUCUCCUGAGCCACCAAGUCCAAUUGAAGAAUCGUGGGCGGAAAUUGCUAGUCGUAAGCAUAAAGAAUUAAUGGCAAUCAAAGCAGCUGACACAACCACUUCGAAGGAUAUUCCACUCGCCACUUCCGUAGGAGAAUCUAAACCCCUUAAACAAACAAUAACUUUGGAGCAAUCAACAUCAGUGGCAAAAGAUACCCCCGUCAGCCCUGUCAAAGAUGUGAGAUCGUUGUUGUUUGAAAGGAGAAGGCAGAGCAAAGCGCAGGGCUUGGAUAUCCAGAACCAAAUAUCUUCCCUUCUGUACCCUCGCAAAAGAAAAGCUCGACAAAUACCACCGACUGAAACUAAGAUAGAUGUUACGACCGAUAUGGAGAAAGAUGUUGGCUUUGCUAAAUUAUCUGAAUCAUCUGCGCAGCAUUCAAACACUUCCCCAUUGCCCAUACCAUUACAAGAAAUGUCCUCACAAAGCGAGGCCCUUGUAUCUGCUUCAGAUCAAGGCAUACACCUAGAGAGACAAGGCUUCCUCAAUGAUCUCCCUAUGCUUAUCUCAUCUAGCCAGCGUUCAAGCCUCUCUCCCGAAAAGUCUACCUUCGUAACGGUACAGGAUAUUUAUCCACAAAGCGAGUUUAAUGUGUCGGCUCUCAAUCAAGGCAUGCAUCCAGAGAGACAGUUCCUUCUCCAAACUUCCCCUUCGCCAAACGAAUCUCCCGAACACUUACAUCAACAGGCUGAAUCCCGUCUUACCAUUUCCCCUCCAAUUAUUAAAAUUGAAACACAAACCUUGCAAUCGAAGAUCCAACUUCGCCGUGCAUCCUCCCCUGACGAGAAACCCAAACCAAUUCCAAGCAUCAUGAGUGAGCCAUCAUUUACCGACGACCUCUUUCAAUCAGACCAAUAUCAGGAUGUCGAGCCAGUGAUUCCUACUCACUGGCAGGAUUAA